AUGCCCGGCACCGUCAACGAAGGCGACCAGGCCGUCCCUGGCCGUCUGCUGCUCCUCUCCAACCGCCUACCCAUCACCAUCAAGCGCUCCGAGGAUGGCAGCUACAGCUUUUCCAUGUCGUCUGGUGGCCUUGUCACUGGCUUGAGCGGCCUGAGCAAGACCACCAGCUUCCAAUGGUAUGGCUGGCCCGGUCUCGAGGUCCCUGAGAACGAGGUCGACGGCAUGAGGCAGCGCCUCAAGGACGAGUACGGCGCUCAUCCCGUCUUCAUCGAUGACGAGCUUGCGGAUCGUCACUACAACGGAUUCUCUAACUCUAUUCUCUGGCCCCUCUUCCAUUAUCACCCCGGUGAGAUUACCUUCGACGAGUCGGCUUGGGCCGCAUACCAAGAGGUAAAUCGCCUUUUCGCCAAGACCGUCAUCAAAGAUGUCCAGGAUGGCGAUUUGAUCUGGGUCCACGAUUACCACUUGAUGCUUCUACCUCAAAUGCUCCGUGAGGAGAUUGGCAACUCAAAAAAGAACGUCAAGAUCGGCUUCUUUCUGCAUACUCCCUUUCCCAGCAGCGAAAUCUACCGUAUUCUGCCCGUCCGAGAAGCUCUCCUAACAGGCCUCCUCGACUGUGACCUUAUCGGCUUCCACACCUACGACUACGCUCGCCAUUUCCUUAGCAGUUGCUCUCGUAUCCUCGAAACACCCACGACCCCCAACGGUGUCGACUGGAACGGUCGAUUUGUGACCGUCGGCGCCUUUCCCAUUGGAAUUGACCCCGAAAAGUUCGUUGAGGGCCUCAAGCAACCCAAGGUCCAAGAGCGAAUUGCCGCCCUCAGCCGCAAGUUUGAGGGGGUCAAGCUCGUUGUUGGCGUUGACCGCCUCGACUACAUCAAGGGCGUUCCCCAGAAGCUGCAUGCCCUCGAAGUCUUCCUGACUGAGCAUCCCGAGUGGAUUGGCAAGAUUGUCCUCGUCCAGGUGGCCGUUCCCUCGAGACAAGAUGUGGAAGAGUACCAAAACCUACGUGCUGUGGUCAACGAACUUGUUGGUCGGAUCAACGGAAAGUUCGGCACCAUCGAGUUCAUGCCCAUUCAUUUCCUCCACCAAUCUGUCUCUUUCGACGAGUUGACUGCCUUGUAUGCCGUCUCAGAUGUCUGUUUGGUGUCUUCGACACGUGACGGCAUGAACCUCGUUUCUUACGAGUACAUUGCCACUCAGCGUGACAACCACGGAGUGAUGAUCCUUAGCGAAUUUACGGGUGCUGCACAAUCUCUCAACGGCAGUCUCAUUGUUAACCCGUGGAACACCGAGGAGCUUGCCAACGCUCUCCACGACGCCGUCACCAUGAGCCCCGAGCAGCGCGAGGCCAACUACAAGAAACUCGAGCGUUACGUCUUCAAGUACACCAGCGCUUGGUGGGGGGCCAGCUUUGUCGCUGAGAUGACCCGCCUCAGUGUAGAUAACGCGCAGUCCAAGACCCUUCGCAACGUCUCCGGCGCCGUCGUGUCCCUGGGCCAGAAGGUGAAGCAUAUAACUGAAGAGGCCGGGAAGACGGCCGGGAGUGUGUUGGGCAUUGGCCACACCGAGGAGCCUGAGGAGACGGAACCCAAGGAGGCGAAGGCCGAGGAAGCGAAGCCCAGCGACGCGUAG